AUGGAUCAAAAUUUUAUUAAUACAUAUAUAUUGCCUUUUCUAUAGAUUCAAUAAGAAUCACCUUCUAAUAAGAAACCUUGUGGUUUUAUUGAUAGAACAUAGAUGAGACAAUCAAGAAUCAUACAUUAAUCAGUUAAAUUAGAACCAUAGAUUUAAGGAAGUGUUGUUGAUGAGAUUAUUAAAAGGUGUGAGAUUCCUUCAUCAUAUAUAUUGUACAAAAGGAAUAAAGAUUUCAUUCCUAAACAACUCAAUCCUAUUUCAAAAUCUGUGAAUGUUCGAAGUAAUCAUAGCAGUCUAAAGGCCUACCAGGAAAAUCAAAAAAUCUAAAAAGUACAUCAAAAAUCCAAAAAGCAAUAAUCUUUUAUUCGAAGACAAUCAUACUCCUUUGAAGAUUAAGCAGAAAAUAAUAUUACUUACCAUAAGGAAUUUACAUAAAAGGAAUCAUCAAAUUUUGAUAUGUUUGACACAAAGGAUUUAUUUGCAACAAAAUUAAAUUUCUGUUCAAAAUAUACUUAAGAAUCAGAUAGAGAAUAAAAGAGUACUUUAUAUACACCAAGAAUUAGUGAGAUUUUGUAAAGAAAAGCUAAAAAUGAUUUACCACAUCAAAAUAUGAAGGCUAUUAAAUUAUCUAAUGAAUGGUAAAAUCAAUAAAUUUAAAGUGAUAUGAGAGAUUAUUAAGAUUAAAAGAAAUUUUAAAACGUUAGAGUUCAGUUAGAUAUACAUAGAUAUGAACAUUAGAGACAGCAAAAUAAAAUUAAAAUAAAUAGAUUAUUGCUUAAAAGACUUUGA